AUGCGCAUGCUGGUUCGCGCUAACCCAGUGAACUUGACUACUGAACGUGAGGCAGCCACCGUCACCCUUUCGCAAGCGCACCACGCCUACGAUUCGGCCCUAUGGGACUACCAAUAUGAAGAAAUGGUGACCUCGGUCAUCUUGAAGCGGCUCCCCGGGCUGCGUUUGAUCGAGGAGCGAGCCGUGCUCGCGUUGUGGACGGACAAGGACGCCAUUCGGCACGCCAACGAGAAGCCGAUGACCGCUCCGCCGUCGAAAGUGCCAAGGAUGGCUAUUGCAAGCCGGUCGUUGGAGCGCUACGAUGGGAGGAUUGUUCGUCGGCUGGCCCACCUGGCGAAGGAAGAGGUCGACGACAUCUACAAGGACUACACCUCCGACCAGCUGCAGAAGGUGGUUGACGAGUACUUCGAAAACACCGAGAAGGAGCUGAUGAAGAAGCUCGACGACGCCGCUGCCACCAUGAAAGCGGCGCAGGAGGCCCAUUCCAAGGAGCUCGGCCGCUGCUAUGCCUUGGCCCAGUAUCUGAAGAAGGAAGCCCGAGCCCUGCGCCGCCGCCCCCCACUACUGUUUCCGGCCGCGCUUCACUUGCUGAUGCUCAUCCUGUCAACACCGCUGCUCCUGCUCCAAUGCCAGUCGUCGUCACUCCUUCUCCUGAUGCUACGCUCCCUCCCAAAGUCGGUCCCGUGUUCAAGAUGCUCGCCGCGAUCGGAACCUAUCUGCCUGAAAACCCGAUCGAGAACUAAUUACUUGCGCUAUUUGUUUGUCACUGAA